AUGGAUCGAUCCCAAGUCUCGCAGGGUCAUCCCUAUGUACCACGAGAUUUGCACCUACCCGAUUACACUCCCUGCUUCCUUUCCAUGUCUAACAUUCUCUUCGUCUUCGCCUUCUCCUCAUUGCUCAUCGUCACCCUCGUCUGGAUCUUCUCAGGACGCUUUAAGAAAACCAAACUUGACAGAGUGCUGAUGUGCUGGUGGGCCUUCACAGGCCUUACACAUAUGAUUCUCGAGGGCUAUUUUGUGUUCUCAACGGAGUUUUUCAAGGAUAAGACUGGUUUCUACCUGGCUGAAGUUUGGAAGGAAUAUAGCAAAGGGGAUUCAAGGUAUGCAGGAAGGGAUGCAGGGAUAGUUACUGUCGAAGGAAUAACAGCUGUUUUGGAGGGUCCAGCUAGUCUUCUAAUAGUAUAUGCAAUAGCUACUGGGAAAUCAUAUAGUUAUAUACUUCAGUUUGCCAUAUCUUUGGGUCAGCUAUAUGGAACUGCUGUUUAUUAUAUUACAGCAAUCUUGGAGGGUGAUAAUUUUUCUGCAAACACGUUUUAUUAUUAUGCAUACUAUAUUGGAGCAAAUGCCUCUUGGAUUGUAAUACCCACGAUCAUUGCCAUCCGCUGCUGGAGGAAGAUCUGUGAACCAUUUAGGGUUCAAGAAGGUCAGAUAACGAAGCCUAACGGGUUCAAGGAGGUCAGGGGUUCAAGGAGGUCAGACAAAAAAGCUUGA